CAAAGAAGACCGAAAAUUGUUAAUUUAUUGAGCAACAAAUUCCUUUUUUGUAUGUCACAGUUAUUACUUCAUAGCGUCAUAGCAUUGGAAAAGAAACCCACAUAAAACAGGCAAAUAUUUGGUAGAUGUCGUCGGAAAAGAAACCCACAUAAAACAGGCAAAUAUUUGGUCGAUGUCGUCGGAAAAGAAACCCCGGACAUAAAACAGGCAAAUAUUUGGGUGAUGUCGUCGGAAAAGAAACCCACAUAAAACAGGCAAAUAUUUGGUCGAUGUCGUCGGAAAAGAGACCCACAUAAAACAGGCAAAUAUUUGGUCGAUGUUGUCGGAAAAGAGACCCACAUAAAACAGGCAAAUAUUUGGUCGAUGUCGUCGGAAAAGAGACCCACAUAAAACAGGCAAAUAUUUGGUCGAUGUCGUCGUAAAAGAAACCCACAUAAAACAGGCAAAUAUUUGGUCGAUGUCGUCGGAAAAGAAACCCACAAAAAAAUGGGAAAUAUUUGGUGGAUGUCGUUGGAAAAGAAACCCACAAAAAAAUGGGAAAUAUUUGGUGGAUGUUGUCAGGGAUGUACAUAAUAAUCCUAAAUAACCUGUUAGAAUUGAAAUAAUAUAUCUCAAACAGUGAUUUGCUCCUAAAUAAAAUCAUUGUCAUUUAGAUAGAUGGUAUUAUUGAAUCACUAGGUCUGCGCCCUCGAGGUAUAAGUUCCAUCCCAUUUAAACUCCAGACAGUGAUUUUAUUCAACAACAAAUGUAUUAUUUGUAAAAUAUUGAUGAUUCUUGCCUUUAGGAUUUAUUAGCUUUUAGUUUCAUAGAAAAAAAUUAAGCUUUACACCCUCAGGACUCCAAAUGUAUCCCGCUGGUGAAAAAUGUCUGACGUGGUGAUAGUUUUAAGUGUUCACUUCAGGCAGAAGAACCAAUUAGAUGCAAAGAUGCAUCUCUGAUAGACAUAAUUAUGACUUUAAUUGAGUUUGUAUGUAUUUUCCUGUUUUUAUUUUGAUAAAAGUGGUAUAUAUCAAUCAUUCUUCCAUUUCCUGUUAAUUACUGCUUAUAAUUUACAGAGUUGAGGAAACUAGAUAAGGGAGAGUUCAAUUAUGCAGAUAAGACUGGUAAAUGGUCAAGAGAAUUGAUGUGGAGGCUGUGGAAUGAUGGAGGUAAUCAUAGAACUGUGUGGCAGUAUGAUCAAAGUUGUGGUGAGAAAUUGUUGCAUGAAAGCAUAUGUUUCUAAAGAAUAUUCCAGCUCCUGUAAGUCCUUGAAGAAGGAUGGUUCGAACAUACAGCCUGUAGGGGUAGGGGGUGGAAUUAUUGCAUGCUAGCUAAUCUUUAAUUGAAGAGACUGCCAGACAAUUUAAAAGAAAGUUUAAAGAAGAAGUUAAAGAAUUGGAUUUAAUUAAAGAUACCCAGGCUCAUUUUGUGUUGGCUGCUUUUAUCAUUUUGAGGAUUUCCCAUGUAAUGUGGUCUAUAUGACGGCUCUUACGAUGAACCCACCGGGAAUGGGGAACGAUCCCUUGAUGGGAGAUAUGGGACCCAAAAAUCCACAUCAUCAAGGUCUCGGUAUGGAUCAACUGUCGUUUAAUAUGGAUUCUAUGAUGUUUCAACAACCUCAAUCCCAGUAUAUGCCAUAUAAUAUGUAUCCCCAGCAGCCACAGCAGCAACAUCAUGGAGUUAUGUAUGAGGGACAGGGGAUGUAUAGUGAAAUGCAGAGCCCAACAACGAUGUCGGAGCAGAGCAUGUCCCCCUCGCCACCACCUCCACCUCGCAUGUAUAAACCAUGUGUUGUGUGUGUAGACAAGUCGUCCGGGUACCAUUAUGGUGUUAGCUCUUGCGAGGGUUGUAAGGGCUUUUUUCGGAGGAGUGUUCAGAAGAAUAUGCAGUAUACAUGUCACAAGGACAAAUGUUGUGUAAUUAACAAAGUGACACGUAAUCGGUGCCAGUACUGUCGUCUACAGAAAUGUUUCCAGAUGGGAAUGUCAAAAGAGGCUGUACGGAAUGAUCGUAACAAAAAGAAGAAAAUGCAGAAGCCGGAAGAUCAGUCGCCGUCCCCUGAGGAGCAGACGCCAACAGAUGAAGAGAUGUCAUUACUUCAGGAUAUCCUAGAAGCACAUAAAGCUACAUACUCUAAGGAUGAUAUUGUGCCUCUGUCGCCAUUAAAUAUGAAUAGUAUAAAACUUGUGGGAUUGUCAGAAAAUUUGUCAGAGAAAAGGGAUAAAAGCUCUCGGAGUGAACCAAAUUUCUCGGAAGCUGAGAUGAAGGAGCAGAAAAAGGAAUUAACUGCUGAAAAUAUUAUGUUGUGGGAAAAAAUUACAGAACUUUCUUCUCGUGGAAUUAUAAAAAUAGUUGACUUUGCAAAGAAAAUUCCUGGAUUCUGUUCAUUUAGCACAACAGAUCAGAUUACUCUAUUAAAGGCAGCUUGUUUAGAAAUAAUGAUAUUACGACUUAGUUCUAGAUACGAUAUUGAAUCAGACACUAUGGUGUUCAGUGGAGGUUUAAAUGUUACCCGACAGCAGCUCGAGUCAGCUGGAUUUGGCUCAUUGACUGAUACUAUAUUUAGAUUUGCUCGUUCACUCAGGGAAAUGGAUGUAGAUGAGAUGGAAUUAGCAACUUUGUGUUCUAUAUGUUUAAUUAGUGGAGACCGCUCAGGGCUUGAAACUCCGGAGAAAGUGGAGUCAGUACAGGAACCAGUAUUAGAAGCAUUAAAACACUACAUUAAAUCACGCCGGAAAGACCAGCCUCAGGUCUACGCGAAAAUGUUGAUGAAAAUAACUGAUCUCAGGAGCAUUAGUGUCAAAGGUGCGGAGCGUGUAUUACAUUUACGUCUUGAAAUGCCUGGUGAAUUACCUCCCCUUAUUAUUGAGAUGUUGGACAGAACAGAAAAUGUGUGUAUACCGUGAAAAUGUUUAAGCUAGUAGAUGUUUAGCGAUAAAAAAUCCAAGCACAGAAAGGACAGAGUGAUUUAUUUCAACAGAACAUCUAAAAAUUAGAAGAUGCCAUAUAUUCUGAGAAUGAUUUACAAAAUGUUCUCCCAACAACUGUUUAGGUAUGGAAUCAAGUUUACUGUGUAAUUUUCUGUGUAUCACAUAAGAUCAGAUGGAAAUUUACCAGCAAAUGGAGUUCUCAAAAAAUAAAUUCUAGUAAUUUUCCAUUCAGUUUAAUGGAAAUUUACCAGGUGGAGGAUAUUUCAGUUCAAGUUGCAAUGGUGGAAAUGUUCCAUUAAAACCUUUGUGUAAUUAACCCAGUGAGUUAAAUGUUCAAACUGCCUGUAUAAGUAAAAUACUCAACAUCAGAAAUUCAGAAGUUCACCAGACUUACCUGAAGUUGAUUUCAAUCACAGGAAUGACAAAUUUGAUAGGUGAAGGUCAUUCUGUAUAUAAACUGUUAUUUCUCACAGUAUACUGAAUUAUACUGGUUAGUAAUUGUGGAUUCAGUAAAACUUCAUUGAAUUAAUAGGGGAGAAACAGCCAUGAAUAGAGAUUUAUUAAAAAAGUUCUGAAAUGGAUUAUAAAGGGCAGCCUUUCUAGUGGGAACACAGAAAUAUGUUUCUUGUAAGGAGGUUGUUGCUCUAAAGAGGUUAAUUACCUGAUAAUGCUCAGUGAAGGAAACAAAUAUGUGUCAUUGUUGAGAAGUGUUCAUACUACAGAAGUGUCAGUUAAGAGAGGUUCUAGUUAGUUUUAUAAGUUGAAGAAAUGAACAGCAGUGAAAGGGAUCUUAAUAGUAAAGAUCUCAGUGCUGGAAUGUUAGUGUUAAAAUUUCAGAAUGACAUGUUACUAUGAGAACCCCUGUAUGAAUGGAGCCAUAAAAAUGGCUGUGUUAGGAUAUAAUGACAACAUGAGAGUAAAGGGAAACAAGGUUUUGUUUCAUAUUUUGAUUCUCAUAUGCUCGGUGAUGUUGUAUUGGGUUAAGCAAGUGUAGAUUUUGGAAUAUCGAUAGUACUUAAACAUUCUCUGUUCCAGUUUUUCCUAUUUAUUGUUAAAAUUGAAGAAAGAAUACAUGAAAAUAAAAUUGACAGUGCAGGCAACUUAAUGUAGGGUUUGAAAAAUCUGCAGGUGUACAGUUGUUCAUGUUAUUUCUACAUUGUGUGAUGAAUGAUUUACAAAUACUUUGUUACUGAAGUUAUUAUUAUUAUUAUUAUGGGUUAUUAAUGAACUUUACUCCAAAAGUUUGAAUUGUUUGAUAAAAAAAAUCUUAAAUGUUCUACUCAGGAAAAAAGUUGCCAUUUGUUUUGCUCACACAAGUACAAAAAAAAUAAUCAGGGACUGCAUAUAUUCAUUGAAGGUUAGAAAGUAUGAAAUAUUAUCAUUGUAUUAUGUUACCUGCCAAUGAUAAUUUCCACUGGUUUGUUAAUGGAAUUUUCCCUGAUAAGAGACUGAUAUUAGAUUAGAAUUAUAGUGAAAAAUGUCAAUAGAAAUUUCGGGAUGAAAGUACCCAUAUAGUAGUUUUUGCCUGGUAAUGAAAAAUUUCCAUAGAUUGAGAAUAUUGCAGUAUUUGCCUGCCAAUGAAAAUUUCCAUGGAAUAUUCUGUUAAAUGUUAUGGACUUAAGAUAUUGUAUUAUUUGCCUGCCAGUAGAAAUUUCCAUAUAUUGGAAAUAUUGUAUUACUUGCCGGCCAGUGAAAAUUUCCAUGAAAUAUUGUAGUAUUUACCAUGUUUACCUGCCAGUGGAAAUUUCCAUUGAUUGGAAAUAGUGUAGUAUUUGCCUGGCAGGGGAAAUUUCAAUUGACUUGAAAUAUUGUAUUUACAAGGUAAAGUAAAUUUCAACUAGCUUCUAUUUUUAACAAAAGAAGUCAAGACAUGUAUACUUUGAGCAAAAUUUCUGAUUGGUCAUGUCACAUUUGCCAAUAUAUUUUUUCAGGUUUCCAAGGUAUCAGGGAAUAUUCAUUGUACUUCUUAAUAAACACAAAGUAAUAACAGCUCUGUGAAAGUUCAAUGCAUUAUAUUGAAUAUUUAUAGAUAUAUGCUUAAGAAGUGGGCCGACCACAAAAUAGAACUACCAUUACAUAAAAUAUUAAACUUACUUGAUUCAUGUACUUCUGCCGUUACGAAAUAGAAAUUGACCAGUUAUAAAUUUGGUAAAGUGUAUAUAAUAUUGUGUUUCCACUAACUUGUUUAUGGAAUUUUUUCCAUGAAAACUUGAAAAGAAUUUGUUUCCUUUAAGGAUGGUUUGUUAUAUACAGUAUAUAUGCUAUAUAAUAUUGUGUAAGCAGUGACAAACAAUGGCAUGUAUGGUUUGUAUAGUUUUAUUCUUACAAACUUUGAACACAAAUUUCUAUGUAAUUUACUUGAAGUACAGAGAUUAUGUAUUACCGGUGUCAUUGAAUACAAAGUUGUGCUUACAGUAUCUCGACUGUAGAAUUGAUUCACAUGACAAAUUUAUUCUUCUAGAAAAAAAAUUCCUAGAAUAUAGUCCGCUGAUCUGUAUCAUAAUGAGUUGAGCCUUUUGGUGAAAAUGAUGUUUUGUUGUGAACAGCUGAAAACAAAAUACGUCUUCAAAAUGAUUCUUUAGUUGAAAUAUAGCUAUGUUCGUAGGGAGAGCGCAGAUCUACGGAUCGAAAGGUCGUUAGUUCGAUCCUCGGGUGAGGCUUAUGUUCUCUGUGACAAUUUGAUAAAAGACAUUGUGUCUGAAAUCAUUUGUCCUCCACCUCUUGAUUCAUGUGGGGAAGUUUGCAGUGACUUGCAGAGAAUGGGUUUGUACUGGUACAGAAUCUAGGAACACUGGUUAGGUUAACUGCCCACCGUUACAUAAUUGAAAUACUUGAAAAUGGCAUUAAACCCAAAACAGACUCAUUUUUUUGUUAACAUAAUUAAAGGAUUGUUUUUGUAUUUUCGAGCCAAACUUGCCAGCUGAAAAAGUUAAAAAAGAAAGUUUUAAGGUUAUUGUAUUGGUUUUUAUAGAAUUUCAGUAAAACAUGACAAGAAGAAGGCUAUGUUUUGACAUGCCAAUCUAAGUUAGAAUAACUUCCUUGUUAUAUGUUAGGACAAUAUGUUGCCUUGUGUUAUCUGCUGUAAAUUAGUACCUAAUUUAGCUGAAAUUGCCAUUGCACCUUAUUGAUGUUGAUUACGGGUAUUUUAGCGUGUAGUUUACACAUAUUUUUGAUGCGUCAACUUCAUGCGUUUUGUACUAAUUAGAAUCUGAAAUGCUGAUAGUUAGAAAGGUUGCGUGAUAUGGAAAUGUAGUUCUGUGUGAAAAAAAAAAUGCAUAAUUGACAUAUUACAACUUUUGUGCAUAAAAUUUGUGAUUCAUCAGAGCUGAAAUAUGUCAAAACAUAUGGAAUGUGGAUGAGAUGGCAUGAACAUAGUAACAUUUUGUAAAUUCGCACAUUAUUUUCAGGAAAAACGUACUUGCUUAUGUGGACCCUUUUAACUCGGGGAUACAUUUUUCUUGGCAAAUGUUUUUGUGUUUUCUUAUGAAGUUGAACGGAGUAGAAAAUACUGUGUGUAUCAACAGUCAAGUCGAGGGAUUUUUACAUAGUGCAGAAAACAUUUUACAUUUUUGUUUAUUUGGUCAUUUUAAGAUGCAAGGUUGACUUGGUGGCUAAAUAUUAGCCGUGCCAUGAGAAAACCAACAUAGUGGGUGUGCGACCAGCAUGGAUCCAGACCAGCUUGCGCAUCCGCGCAGUCUGGUCAGGAUCCAUGCUGUUCGCUAACAGUUUCUUCAAUUCCAAUAGGCUUUAAAAGCGAACAGCAUGGAGCCUGACCAGACUGCGCGGAUGCGCAGGCUGGUCUGGAUCCAUGCUGGUCGCAAACCCACUAUGUUGAUUUUCUCAUGGCACGGCUCAAUUAUUAUUUUUUGAUAAUUUUCUGUAUGUUGAUAGAAACCAGAGAGAAUUUAGACAUGGUUAAACCUGUUGGACUGAAAAAAAUGUUCCUUUGCUGCGAUCAAGUCAAUGUAUUAUGUAGCCGAUAUGCAGUAAUAAAAGUUAUUAAAAUGGUAGCUCAAUGUAGGUUGCUGUAUUGGGUUCAGAGGAUUUACCAUAUGAAUCACUCGAGGCACACAAAGGCUUAGUAUGAUCCAGCCUGGUAGAGCUGAGUAUGUCUAAGAUCAAUCUGCUGUUAUAUAUUCACUCUAUCAUAAGUCGGGGAUUUAAAAAUUUCAGUACAUUUUAAGUUAUAAAAAGUAGACUUGUAACUGAAAAUUUACUGUAUGUUUUGUUAUGUUUGUGUGUACAACAAUCUACCUCAGAUUUUUUUUAUUUUAAGGUAGCAUAUAAUCUUUUAUGAAAUUUUAUACACUAAAUAUUCAAAGGUUUGUAUAUGUUUUAUUAUAUUUACACUGUUUACAGCUAUUGGUGACCACAAAGUAACGAACACUUUUGCUGCAUUUUAAACAAAAUUUCCUGAACAUGGUCUUCUAGUUAUGUGUGUGCUCCUGUAUGUGCAUUGACAGAUGGGUGCAACCCCUUUACCAUACAAAAGUUUCCAUGAAAUUGUAAUAAAUAAUUUUUUUCAAGCAUCAUUCCAAAAAUGUAUAGAGAAUAUUUGUUUGACUCCGUGUAUAGCAACGAGCAAAAAUGUAAAAUAUGGUGUUCAUGAGUGAAAGAUAUUUGGAGUUACAUGUAAAGCAAACAUAUUUUCUUUUAUUUUUCAUUUUGACUAAAUUUACCCAUUUUAUAGUUUCUUACCACUGAAAAAUGUAUUUGAUAUUUUUCACUGUGGAAAUACUAGAUAUAUUUCACUCUUAAUAAUUUAGAUAAUUCAUGGAAAAAUAUGUUACAAACAAGAGCUGUCACUAAUGGUGACAAAUGCCCCCCGCAGCACCUUGACCUUUGACCUGAUGACCUUGGCCUUUGACCUGGUGACCCCAAAGUCAGUAUGGGUGGUGUAUUCAAUAAGUACUAUCAGCAUGUGAAGUUUGAAGGUCCUGGGUGCAGUGGUUCGCGAGUAAAGUGCCUUAAUGCAAAAAAUUAACGUUGUGACGAACGAACGGACGGACAGUUGAAAACUAAAAUGCCUCCCUUCGGGGGCAUAAUAAAAAGUAUACAUACUUCAAAAUACAUUAAAAACCAUUCUAACCUUUGAAGAAUUUAGUGAAUUAUAUUUCCUUAAGUGUUAUAUGCUACCUUAAAGUAUUUUUUUUAGAUAAUAUUUCAUAUACAUUCACUGUGCAUGUUCAUACAUUAAAUACACACCUGCUGUUCUUACAGUUUUUACUUUUAAAGUUAAAUUAUUUAUGCCUAAAUUUUUACAUGACACAAGGAGACAGUAAAAAUUUGUUUUAUGAAAUUGAAGUAGAAAAUCUAGUACUUGCAAUGCAUAUUAAAAGAACAUUUCGAAUUUUACUCUCAAAUUACUGUUAAACACUUUGUGGAAAAGAAAGUUUUUGUGAAUAGUUUGCAUAGUAUUACUGAUUCGGAAAGUUUAUGUGCAAGACUGGUUUGUUUUUGUGAAAGUAAUGCAAAAUGCUUACAGAUCUGAAGCAACAAAAAAAAAAAAAUUCAGAUGUUUUAUAUUCUUUAGUUUGCUGAACACGAUUUGUAUUUUUUUUUUCUAAACAUUUUACAGAUUGGAGAAAAUUUCAAUCAAAUUUUAGUAGGUAUGUAUUCAAUGUAGUUUUUUUUCUGCUCAAAAAUAUUUUAAGUUAUUGCCCUUGUUAAAAGUUUUAAGUCUCUUUCUAUAGAAUCUUUUGUGGGACUUUUUUAAAACUAUUUUCUUGUGAAGGUGUUGGAUCUUUACUAUGUUUUUUUUUUUUGAAAAUGUCCAAUUCCAUUGUUAUGUAUGUUUAUGACUGUAAUUUAACAAUAUGUAAGGAGCUUAGAAACAAAUUCUGCAGAAUGGAAUGAAAUCGCAUAUGAAUCUUUAAAGCAAAUUGCUCACAUUUUAGGGUUAGGGUCGUGGGUAAAACAUUUUCUAAACUGAUACAACUUGUAUUUUAUAAGAAUGACUUUUGGUCAUAUUUUUCACAUAUUUGGUUUUGAUGUAGUUGAGGAUUUCCUUGUGGUUUCAUAUGCUUGUAUGCUACUACGGCAUUCUUUGGCUACUGAUAAGAUGGUAUGAGUACAUAGCGUUCUGUACAAAUCACGAAAUUUUGAAUCCAUAAACAGCCAACACUUUGAAGAAUUUAAAAUGCCCAUUAUCAUUGUGUGUUCAAUACCUUAACCCCUACCAUGCCGGACACGACUGAUUCUGCCUUUGCGGCCAGUGUAGAUCAUGAUCAGCCUGCAUAUCCAUGCAGUCUGAUCAUGAUCUGCACUGUUCGCCAUUCAGUCAGUAUGUUUUUGGUAAGCACCCCUUUUAACAGUUAAUGGUACUGUCCAAAUUGAAAGAUGGACAAGUUCAUUAUAGAAAUUCAGCAGUGUAAGGGCUAAGGAAGAUUCUCUUGUACAGUAAAUGAUGAAUAUACAUUUCAGAUUAUUUCACUGCUUAUAACAUAGUUAUAUGGAAACAGUCUUCUUUUUUUAUUGACUGUGUAUUUUGCUUUGUAUUUCAUCAAUCAAAUGGCAACUACACAGAUAAUCAUUUCUUUAUAUUUCUAAAAUAUUUUUACAAGACUGUCAAAAAAACGUGUACAUUCUCCUAAUAUGGUUAUAAUUCUUGUAUAUAUCAUUCUUGAUUUUUACAUUUGCUUUUCAGAUUUUUCUUUUAUCGGUGAUAAUUUUAUUUAGCUACAAAAGUUCCUGUCUAUUCUCUAUGCCUAUUUAAGCCAAAGUAACAAGUGAUAGGUCUCAGAACCAGCCAAAAUUUCUGAACUUUGAAAUUUUUAGUUGAAUUUAGAUGUACUUGUGCAUGCAAGAUUAAGUUCAAAACCAUUUGGUACGCAGCCUCUCUAGAGUAUGGUGGCUGAUUUCUGCCAUUUUGUUCUGGCGUGUUGGCGCGUUUGAAGAGUGGCAACAUUUUGAAGAGUGGCAACAUGCCAGUACAACGAACGAACAUGCCAAUACAACAUAUACCUUAUUUGUCAUGUUGGCAUGCUAAUUUGUCAUAUUGGCCCUCUUCUAAAUGGACAACAUGCUAGAAUGAUAUGGCAAAAAUAAGCAACCAUACCAAAGUGAAUAUGCAGAUACAAAUGUGUUUGUUGUAGUGAUGUACUUUACUGAAAGUUCAGAAUAUGUAUUGUAAUCAUUCUUAACUUUUCCCAGGUAUAUAAAAUGUGAUCGCUUGCAGAUAAGAUUAUAUGAAUAUAAAAGGCUGAGAAAAUAGGCAUGAAUUUUUAUAGCAAUUUGUUUUGUAAAUUAGGGUAUACUUUUCACCAUUUUAAAGUGUUGUUGUGUAUAAGAAUCACUAUUAUGUUUAUGACUUAUAUGAUAAAAAUAAAAUACAAUACAACAAA